GAUGUGUCACCUACAGCCAUCUGUGGGAGAACGGGGCUGGGGAGAGGGACAAAUGGUGGGAAGAGGUACGCUGGAGGCUGUGCAAGGAUGAGAAGGAAUAAAGUCCAGGGCUGAGUAGGGACCAGGUUCCUAUAGCACAGACAUGGUUCUCCAGAGGCUGCUCGCCAAGGCCUCAGAGCCGCCUGUGGCCCGCAGAGAAGCGGCUGUGACAACAGCCAACUACUACCUGGGCCGACCGCAGGCUUUCGGGGCCGGAGGGCAAAGAGCUGGGAGUCCGCAAAUACCUCCGGCCUGGGCGACGUCACGGCUGCGAAGGGGCAGGGCCCUGGUCCCAAACCCCGAACGAGGCUGGCUCUCCCUCUUGCCGGGCAGAGCCCCUCGGAGAGGCGAGGGAACCCGGGCACAGGCGCGGUGCAGCCGCCGAAGAGCUAUGGAAAAACUUCGCCGGCGCACAGCCCCCUGCGGGACUCGGCGGAGCCAAGGGCAAAGAGCUGGAACAACACCGGUCCCGGAGGAACAGGCGCGCUGGGAGCGGAGGUGGGACGCGGAGGCGCCUGGCUCACUAGAUCCCCCUAAAAACACUUUUGGAAACUGCGCCGAAGAAGCGGCCCCUUCUCCCCGGGCCCGGGGGCUAGCCCUGCCCACCCCCGCACCAGGGAGCCCGCAGAGGACCCGGAGGGGACAGCGGCUUCUCUUCCGUGGCCCAGCGAGCGAGGACGCAGGCCACUCUCACUGUUUGCGGUCACCGUCCUGUGAGAUUCCCGGCUAGCGCUUCCGCGCUCACAUUUGCGGACCCGAAGGAAGCCCUGCCAAACUCCCCCUCGCGCACUACCACCACCGUCAGCCCGCGACUGGUGACUCCCAAAUUGAGUCUCAUCCCGAAUCGCACUCACAACUUUCCGGAUCUUCGUUGUAAAGUCAAAAGUUGUCUUUAUAACCAGCCCAGGAAUAAAGAACCAAACGGCAACACGAACUAAGAACAAAAAAGGAAGUAUCCCCGUAUUAAAUCCUAGUAAAUACAAUUUAAGUAAAAAAUGUGCCCCCCUCGUAACUCCUCACUAUGCUCUGGAUUAAAGAAAGCAAAAAUGUAAAGCAGCAAAUAUUGCAAAAGUUUCUCUUCAAUUCGAUGUUACUUGUGCAACUGGGGGUAGGGAGUGGGGGAUUUAUCUUCCUAAUUGUCCCAGGCUAACAUGAAGGCCCUUUUGCCUUCCCUGAGUCCUCACUGACCAACACGGUGGCACUGUCGGCAGCUGGGUGCUUUGGUCCAGCUCCAGCAUCAACACACACACACACACACACACACACACACACACACACAGAGCUUUUCAGCUUUCCUGCCCCCUUCUCUCUGGCUUUUUGCUCUCAACUUCCUUCUCACCAAUAUCUCUCCUGCAAAUAAAUUGCCAGCUGCCUCUCUGUC